AACUCUUAAACUGUUUGGAGUCUAGAGAAAAGCUAGACGGAAACUUCUCGCAGACUGCCACCCCAGGGGAGCGUGGAUUUCCUCUAAGGGCGAGUUGUUGUUUGGAGGAAAAGACAUUUGCCUGGGAAAGCUCUUGCUUCCUCUAGGGGUUCCACACCUGUUGGCCGAGCCCCCGUUGUCCCCCUCCAGUCCGCCCUGUGUCACACCCGUUCAACUUCCUGGAAGUUUAUUUCCUGUUGUCAGGGUCACGUUAAGGGGCAGGAGCCUUGCCUGAUGGACGUCUGUGUCCUCAGCCUCACCGGCACAGGGCCUGGCGCUGCGGGGGCCUCAGGAGACCCCUACUGAACGAAAGGAAUGACCAUGCCUUAUGUCACCUCCACUAGUGCCCCUUGCCUUGUCGUUAUGUCUGGGAACUCCUUGAGGGCAGGGGCCUUGUCUGGUCCAUGCCUGCGCCCUUGGGCUUCGCCGUAACGAGUCCUGACAGUCCAGAGGCCCCAGAAGAAACCCACGGAGCAAACGGGGUUGGAGCGGUUUGCCCUGCUGCGUCCGCAGCGCGCCCUGAAUUUUGGCCACGUGCUGCUUUGCGCUCCUGGGGCGCAGGGGCCCUAGUCUAUAGCUUUCUGUAAGCCCGGCUGCCCCCCGCAGGGGGCUCUGAGGGCCAGGCCCUGCGCAGAGACCGCGGCCAGGACGCCCCGUCCGCGCCCAGCCCAGCUCAGGUGACCAGGCGGGCGCUGGGCACACCUGGCGCCGUCCCCUGACCCCGCCCCGGGCGGGCCGCACCCCAGCACGCUCUCGGUGGGAGCCAGCGCGGCGGAGCAGGGCCAUGGCGGCCGUGCCGGCGGUGUGCGCGGCGCAGGGGACCCCGCCGGGCGCAGCGUCCCCGCCGGCCGGCGCGCCCGUGCCCUCGUCCGGCCUGGGCCGCUGCCGGAUGGCGCUGCUGCUGGCCGUGGCGCUGGACGUGGCGGGCAUGGCGGCGCUGCUGACCGGCGUGUUCGCGCAGCUGCAGGUGCGCGGCCGCGACUUCGGCGACCUGCUCAUCUACUCGGGCGCGCUGCUCGUCUUCCUGAGCCUGCUCGGCUGGAUCCUCUGGUACACCGGCAACAUCGAGAUCUCGCGCCAGGAGCUCGAGCGCGACUACGGCCUGCGGCCCUCGGCGCUCGCCCGCCUCGCGCGCAAGCUCUCCCGCCGCUGGUCGGCGCCCGCCGCCUCCGCCGCCGCCGGCCCGCGCGCCGUGCCCGGCUCCCGGGGAGCGCGCCGCGCCGUCCGCGCGCCCCCGCUGCCCGCCGCCGGCUCCCGCCGCGUGCGCCUGCAGCUCGCCACGCUCGAGGCCGGGCACGGGGCGGCGGGCGCGGGCACUGUGUGAGCCCGAGAGGAACCCAUGGCCCCACCUGUCAGGACCGGACUGAGAUGUGCAGCUGCCCCAACAUCGUCUGGCCACCAGGAUGCCUCCCUUCUCUCCCUCUGUCCUCACCUGGAUAAACGGCUCUGCCUCAUGCA